AUGUCUCCACUCAGAUCCGGCAGUGAUUCCCAAAUGACUGUUACGGCUAAUGAUCAUGAUGAGGAGGAUUUUCUCCAGAAGGGGCUCGUCGCGCCGAGGUAUAUGGGGACGGUUGCCGAUCAGCGGGAUAUGAGUGCGCUGGGCAGAGUGCAGGUUUUGCGAAGAAAUUUUCGAUUUAUCUCGAUUGUUGGGUUUGGAUGCACCUUGAUUUGUACAUGGGAGGUGAUUUUGACAUUAUUAUCAGCUGGGUUGACUGAUGGUGGCACGGCGGGCUUGAUAUGGGGAUUCAUUGGAGUCACGCUGGGCUUUACCCUUGUCUAUGCCAGCAUAGCCGAGAUGGCUUCGAUGGCUCCCACAGCUGGUGGACAGUAUCACUGGGUUUCAGAGUUUGCGCCGAAAAGAGGACAAAAGUUCCUUAGCUAUCUCACAGGAUGGCUCUCUGCAAUGGGCUGGCAAUGUGCCAUCGUCUCGAUCGCGUACCUGGCAGGCACAAUUAUCCAGGGACUUAUUGUGUUGAAUCAGCCAGACUAUGACUUUCAGCGCUGGCAUGGUACUAUGUUGGUGAUUGCCAUUUCGACUUUUUCCAUUCUGUUCAACACUUUCUUGGCGAAAAACCUACCAUUUGUGGAAGGGCUGAUCUUGAUCAUCCAUGUCAUUGGACUCUUUGCGAUCAUUAUUCCAUUGUGGGUGCUUGCGCCACGAAAUAAUGCCCGUGCUGUCUUCACGAACUUUAACAACGGCGGUGGGUGGGAUAAUGCUGGAACGGCGACUCUGGUGGGCCUCUCCACCACCAUCACGUCUAUGCUGGGCUAUGACUGCUCUGUCCACAUGUCCGAGGAAAUCAAAGAUGCUUCGGAAACACUGCCCAAGGCCAUGAUGUCCUCCGUAGCAGUCAAUGGGGUGUUAGGAUUCGUCAUGCUGGUAACGCUGUGCUUUACCCUCGGAGAAGUCGAAGCAGUACUAGACAGCGCGACAGGAUUCCCAUUUAUCCAAAUCUUCUACAACACGACGCACAGCUUAGCAGCCACGAACGCCAUGACGGCCGUGCUGAUAGUAACCCUAACAGCCAGCACCAUCACCGAAGUCGCGACUGCAUCACGACAACUGUGGUCAUUCGCACGGGAUGAAGGGGUUCCCUUCUCAUCCUUCUUUGCCUACGUUACACCGGGAUGGAACAUCCCCCUCAACUCGGUGAUGGUAUCACUAGCGGUGACCGUCCUCCUUUCAAUGAUCAAUAUCGGGUCCCAGGUAGCUCUGAAUGCUAUCAUAUCACUGACGAUCACCUCUCUGAUGUCAGCCUACAUCGUGUCGAUUGGCUGCGUGCUUUUGAAGCGGCUUCGUGGGGAGCCACUGCCGCCCCACCGCUGGUCGCUGGGCCGGUUCGGUCUGGCGGUGAAUGUCGGAGCGCUGUGUUUCCUGCUGCCCAUAUUCGUCUUUGCUUUCUUCCCCUUGUCGACGCCCGUGACAGCCGAGACGAUGAACUGGAGCGUGGCCAUGUACGUUGGCGUCAUAGGAUCGGCGACGAUUUAUUAUUGGGCCAGGGGGCGGCAUCAUUUCAUUCCGCCCGUGGCAUUAGUCAAGCGGGAGGGGGCAUUCUAG